AAUUGAGUGCUGUGUGGAUUCAGUUAAAACACAAAACACAGGGCAGGCCAAGAAAAAGGAGAGAGAGGCACCAUUUUACAAAUGCAGACCCUGCCUUAGAACUGGCCCUUGACAUUCCGGAGCCGGACCUGAUUUCGGGGGAGGGCAGUUUUAGGUGGAAUACGGCGGGAGGGUUUGUGGAUUACAGCUGUUCUUGCUGACACUGGCAGCGCACACAAACACACACAGAGACCAGCCGGACUGGGAGACUCCAGACUGGAGUUCUGCAACUUCACUUUAUUUCCACCCACCUCCCCCAACUUCUCAGAGCGCACUGGCUGCCAAUGAGAGGACUUAACUCUCCUCUAGACUUGAUUUGAGAGAGAGACAAACACACACACACACACACACACACAGAGAUGGGGUUCGAGUUGGAUCGUUUUAACGAGGAGGUGGACCCUGACCUGAAGUGCAACCUGUGCAACAAGGUCCUGGAGGAUCCCUUGACCACACCGUGCGGUCAUGUCUUCUGUGCGGGUUGUGUGCUGCCCUGGGUCGUGCAGAAAGGCAUGUGCCCCGUCCAGUGCCAGAGGAUGUCCACCAAGGAACUGAACCACGUCCUGGCUCUGCGUAACCUCAUCUCCAAGCUGGACAUUAAGUGUGAUUACCGGUCCCGGGGCUGCGGGAAGGUGGUGAGCUUACAGAAGCUGGCCGAGCAUGUGGAGAUGUGUGACUACAGCCCGGCUCGGUGCCGGCACCAGGGCUGCCAGGAGGUUCUCAGCCUGAAGGACAUGGACUUCCACAUGAGGGAGAGCUGCGAAUGCCGCCCGGUGGGGAUCUGCGAGCAAGGUUGCGGGCUGGUGUUGCUGCACCGGGAUGUGACACCGUCCGGAGACACUCACUGCUGUGUGGCUGCUCUCCGCGCCCGGUCUGGAUCGCUGCAGCGGCGGGCCGCCGGCUUGGCCCGGGAGCUCAAGAAGCAGGCGGUCCGGGCCGGCCACCGGGAGCAGGCGCUGCUCGCACAGGUCUCGGCGCUGCAGAGCGAGGUGCAGCUCACCGCGCUCCGCUACCAGAAGAAAUUCAACCAGUACAUGGCGCACAUCAGCAGCAUCAGCAAGAACAUCGCCGCCUGCUGCAAGGAAAAUGGUGAAACAAAAUCGUUAACUAUAGUGCUACAUCGAGAAAAUGACACUCUUGGAUUUAACAUUAUUGGCGGCAGACCCAAUCUGGAAAGUGAGGAGGAUUCUCCAAGUGAAGGAAUUUAUGUUUCCAAAGUUAUGGAGAAAGGGCCUGCUGACAGAGCAGACGGGCUGGAAGUUCAUGACAGGAUCAUUGAGGUCAACGGGAAGGAUCUCUCAAAAGCCACACAUGAGGAGGCAGUGGAAGCUUUCCGAAAUGCCAAGGACCCAAUUGUCGUGCAAGUUCUGCGGAGGGCCCCCCUUGCAAAGAAUCAUGGCAGUUCUCAGGAAGUCCCACUCGUGGAUACUGGCACACAGACAGAAAUUACUUUUGAGCACAUCAUGGCCCUCUCCAAGUUGAGGUCGUCUUCGCCUCCAGUACCUGAUAUCUGCCCGUAUUUGUUAUCAGACAGCUGUCACUCUCUCCAUCCCAUGGCCCACGACUACUACGAAGCCAGCGAUUACCUUCCCAACCUGGCACACGACGGGGAUCGAGCUGACGAGCUGGAGUACGAGGAGGUUGAGCUGCGCCGCAUCAGCAGCCAGGAGAAGCUGGGCCUGACUGUCUGUUACAGAACAGACGACGACGAGGAUGACAGUGGCAUCUAUGUGAGCGAGGUCGACCCGAACAGCAUUGCGGCCAAAGAUGGGCGUAUCAGAGAGGGCGAUCGGAUUGUUCAGAUAAAUGGGAAGGACGUUCAAGAUCGGGAGGAGGCCGUGGCUUUACUGUCCAGCGAGGAAAGCAGGAACAUUCUGUUGCUGGUCGCCAGACCAGAGAUUCAGUUGGAUGAAGGAUGGCUUGAUGAUGACCGCAAUGAAUUUCUUGAUGAGCUUCAUAUGGAUAUGUUGGAACAGCAACAUAAUCAGGCAAUGCAGUACACAGCUACCACUCUUGAGCAGAAAAAACACGAAGAAGACGGUGGGACGACCGAUACCGCGACUACUUCUUCGAACAACCACGAGAAGGACAGUGGGCUCGGCCGCACAGACGACAGCGUGAGGAACGACGAGAGUUCAGAGCAAGAGAUCCUCGGCGAGGAGCAGAACAGCGCCUUGCUGCAAAGCCAGGGGGACCUGGGCUACAGCCAGGACACCCUGGGCAGCAGCGAGCUUCAGUGCAACGAGAGCUUCGUCUCGGGGGAGUACAACGACUCGGAUUUUGUGGGCACCCAGGACGAAGAAUGCGAGCGGUUCAAGGAGCUCCUGGAGCUCAAGUGCAAGAUGAGCAACCGCAGCCAGUUUGACCUGUACUAUUCCACCAGCACGAUACAGUGCGGCCGGAGGCAGCAGGAGGUGGUGGACCGAGAGCUGGAGAUGCUCAAUGAGGAGCUGAGGAACAUCGAGCUGGAGUGCCAGAACAUCAUGCAGGCCCACCAGCUGCAGACGGUGAGGGAGGAGUACGGCGACGUGUGGUCAAUCCACGGCAGCGGAUUCGGGAACUACAACACCAGCAUCGACACGCCGCGGGGCAAGAAGCUGGCCGACAUCAUGGAGCACCCGGAGAAGUCGGACAAGGACAGCUCGAGCGCCUACAACACGGCGGAGAGCUGCCGCAGCACCCCGCUGACCGUGGACCGCUCGCCCGACGGCUCGCUGCAGCGCAUCGUCAGCAUCACCAACAAGCGGAACCUGAGGAGCUCCAUCGAGGCCGCGGCCGCUCUGCCCUCGCCUUCGUCCCCCAGGCGGAUCAGUGCCGACGCCGCCAGCCCCGCCGCCAGCAGCUCCUCGGAGACGCCGGAAACGGCCGUGCCCGGUGACGACACCGAGCACGUGACGGAGGGGAGCAAAUCCGGCGAGGGGGGUGAGCGCGUGCCCUACCUGUCGGCCUAUCACAGCUCGCCCUACCGCCAUGUCAACAUCCCCGCGCACGCGCGCCACUACCAGAGCUACAUGCAGCUCAUCCAGCAGAAGUCGGCAGUGGAGUACGCCAAUAGCCAGCUGAGCCUGGUGAGCAUGUGCAAGGACGCUCACCACAAGGCCGGCGCCGGCGACUCCAAGGCCGAGUGGAAGGUCAAGGUCCGCAGCGACGGCACCCGCUACAUCACCAAGCGCCCGGUGCGCGACCGCCUGCUCAAGGAGCGCGCCCUGAAGAUCAAGGAGGAGCGCUGCGGCAUGACCACCGACGACGACGCCGUGAGCGAGAUGAAGACAGGCCGCUACUGGAGUAAGGAGGAGCGCAAGCAGCACGUGGUGCGGGCCAAGGAGCAGCGGCGGCGCCGGGAGUUCAUGAUGCGCAGCCGCCUGGAGUGCCUCAGGGAGAACCCCCAGAGCGGCAGCGAGGGCAAAAAGGAGGUCAACAUUAUCGAACUGAGCCACAGAAAAAUGAUGAGGAAGCGCAACAAGAAGAUCUUUGACAACUGGAUGACAAUCCAAGAACUCAUGACACACGGUGCCAAGUCCCCAGAUGGCACGAGAAUCUACAAUUCCUUCCUGUCGGUUACUACUGUGUGAAAGGGACUUUUAUUUUUAAAAAAAAAACAAAAUAUAAAAAGAACGCUACCGAUUUGUGGUAGAAUACAAUUGCCUCGUUAAAUGUGGCAUGUCAAUUUCUUACCCCCAGAACUGCUUCUAAUCUGAUUACGGUUUUUACAAGCAGUUACUUAUCACUUUUACAACAUGUAUUACAAUUGGUGGUACCUUUUGUCUGUAGGUUACAACUUCUUGUCAUCUUCCCCAUGAUCUUCAGUCCUGUUAUUUGUAAAACAGAGCCAUAUUUCAUGUGAUAUUAUGCCCAUGUGAGUUAAGUCUGACUUUAUUACAAGUCCAUUAAUCAUUACCCAGGUUUCUUUUUGUAAUGUAUGUUUAUGUUAUUAAAACUAUACAUUUUAAUGCCAAAUUCCAAUAGCUUUGCAUACUUGUCCACAUGCAUUGCAAUGCUAGCAUUUACAUAACUUUACUUUCUCUGCUGCCAAGUGGAGCAUAAACUUAACAUCCAAGCUUUUAACUUUCACAUUUGUUCAGCCAUGUAUUUGUACAAUGAGACUGUAAAUUAAAAGUGUAAUGUCCAAGUAAAGUGUAGGUGGAUGAGUGACUCGUACUCUAGCGGAAUCGAUGCUGUAGUCAGGUAAAUGUGAUUAUUGUGAAGAUGAAAAAUAAAUUAUUGCUUAUAUUUGA